AUGAUUUUCAAAGUAUUGUGUAGUUUAUUACUGGUGACUUCCACCUUCGCUUCUGCUCUAUACACUAAUAAAACCACAAGCUAUACUCCAUACACCAAGACAUUAUCUCCAACCUAUUCUGUUUCACCCCAAGAGACAACAUUAACAUACAGCGAUGAAACAACCACUUUCUACGUAACAUCUACUGUCUACUCUACCUACUGGUUCACUCCCUCCCCAUCAGCUAUCAUUACUAGCUCACCAACUACUAGUCCUGCUACUCUGACCACAUCCACAAACGAAUACACUACCACUUAUUCGGAUACAGACACCACUUACACUUCUACUCUAACCUCCACCUAUAUAAUCACUCUGUCUGCGGAGUCCGCCAAUGAAAAAGCAGAAAAGGUUACCACAAGCGUCACAGAAAUUGCAUCUACCAUAACUGAAUCUGGUAGUACUUACACUUCUACUCUAACCUCCACCUAUAUAAUCACUCUUUCUGGGGAGUCCGCCAAUGAAAAAGCAGAAAAGGUUACCACAAGCGUCACAGAAAUUGCAUCUACCGUAACUGAAUCUGGCAGUACGUACACUUCUACCAUAACUUCCACUUUGCUGGUUACGGUGCAUAAUUCUUAUACCAGUGUCACUACUGCAACUUCUGUGGAUAGAAACGCUGACUCUAAUGUCGAUGCUUUAGAAAAAUUAGUAUCUGCUGAGAAGCAAUCCCAAGCGUUUAAAAGCACAUCAACCAAUGAGGAUUAUUGCAGUGCGGCCACUAAGUAUGUUACAGUUACUGCUGCUCCAUCUACCCAACUUGUGACUACUACCGCGGAACCAAUUGUUAAAUAUAUUACUGUAACUGCUGAUGCUGGUAACAUUACAGGCUCCACCAACAAUGGUACUCACAUUUGA